AUUCCAUUGAUUGGAUUUCAAAAUUAGAAAUAGUUUUCAAGAAAGAAGCAUCGUUUUGGUCUUUGGCUGUCUGUAGUUUGACCAAAAUGGACAACUUGAAACAGCGUUUAUGUUUUGCUUUACCCCUCAUAAGACAGGCAGGGACCAUUCUCCGGGGCGCCUUUUCGUUACGAAAGGAAGGUGUCAUAUAUAGAAAAAAAACUGAGACAGACCCGGUAACCAAUACUGAUAUCGAACUAGAAACAUUUUUAAGAAAAGAAAUUCUUUCCAAGUUCCCGAAUGAGGCCUUCAUUGGGGAGGAGUCAGCGAGUAACUUGGAAAGGUUCGAUCAAGAUUCUUGUUGGAUAUUGGAUCCUAUUGAUGGAACAGCAAACUUUGUGCACGGAAUCCCAAACGUUGCCAUUUCACUAGCAUACUCCGAGAGAGGACAGGUUGUCUUGGGUAUUGUCUAUAAUCCUCUCGAAGAGGAACUGUUUACAGCUAUACGUGGUGGAGGAGCGUUUCUUGAGGAUACUCCUAUUAGAGUCUCAGAUAUAGAUAACUGGAAUGAAGCCAUUGUUUGCACAGAAUUUGGAAGUGAUAGGAGCUCUGUGAAGUGCAGUAUGAUUGUAGAAAAUUUGAAGAAUAUUUUGGACGACAAAAUUCAGGGUAUUAGGGCAACAGGUUCAGCAGCCCUCGAUCUCUGUUAUGUGGCAGCAGGUAGAUUUGAUGUGUACUACGAAUAUGGUCCCCAUAUUUGGGAUAUUGCUGCAGGUUCACUUAUUGUAGAAGAGGCUGGUGGAACAGUACUUCACCCAACUGGUUCUAAUUUAGACCUUCGAAGUAGAGGAAUACUUGCAACUAAUCAAAGGUUUUGUAAAAAGUUAAAGUUUCCUCCAUUUUGGCACUUUUAGUAAAUGCCAUUCUUUUUCUUAUGGUUUUAGAAGCAAUUUCAUCUCGGAGAAAUUGUGAGUUGUUUAUAAGUUUCUCCAAAGUCUGUCUUUUCUCCAAACAAACUUUGAAGCCCUUUUGUUGCAACCGUUACAAGCGAAGCCUUGGCCUGUGUAAGAAC